ACCUUACAAACUCCGACAGCAUGUUCUUAGUAUGUACAAGGUUGAGCCCUAUAGUCCUGCUAUAUACUGCAAAAAAUGAAAGUCUCUGUGUGUCUAUGUUAUACCUCCUUGUACAAUUCAUUCUCCUCACCAGAUGACUUGCUGGUUCUUUGUGCAUAGGAGUAUGUUUUUAAGAUCUGUGACUUGUUUCUUUGCCCAGGGAGUGUGGCUGUGGAGCUGGUGACUCCGGGUGCUCAGAGUGCGGCGUGUGUCGAGGAUGUGCGGGGGAGGAGGACUGGGGACUCAACCCCAUGGAUGACCUCGAUGACGUCGCCUACGAGAAGGUCCAGGAGGCGAGGGCCAGGCUGGGCCGCGUCCGCGCAGCCGCAAAGAAGGUGAAAGAUCCGAAGAAGAAGAAGAAGAAGGAGGAGGAGAAGGGGAAAGAUGGGAAGGAGGCCAAGGGUGGGAUGGGACUCGGUCUUCUCUUCGGAGGUGUGCAGCGUGAGAUGUCAGUGGAGAGUGUGGGAGGCUCAGUGGAGGACGAGGGAGAGGGGGAAGAAGGAGCGACAGAGAAGGAGGGAGAGAUCUCCACCAGGAAACCGGCCCUGCUGGCUCUGCCAGAUGACCAGACUGUCAUGCAGAUUGACUGCGGGACAUUCCACACUGCUCUCCUGCUACACUCUGGAGAUGUGUACAUGUUUGGACACAACAAACACGGACAACUGGGCCAGGGCAACAGCAAAGACUGUGGUCACCCGGUGAAGGUUCCACUGCCAGGUCCAGCUCGUCAGGUAGCCUGUGGAGACAACCACACUGUCGUCCUACUUCAGUCUGGUGAAGUGUACACAUUUGGUAAGCACGGAGAACAUCAGCUAGGGAGGUCACCUGAAGGAGAGAGAGGGGCUGGGAAGGACAAGGGGGCGUGGCACAUGACCCCCGGUCCCAUUCCCAGUCUCGGAAACGGCUGCAAGGUGGUAUGGGUCGGAGCCCGCGGCAAUCAAACCUUUGUGGCCGUGAACGAGAGUUUGGUGUCGGACCAGAACCUGGGAAAAUGCAGCGUCUUUGCUGACACCCACACUAUUGGUUUGGUAUCUCCUCCCCAACCUCCCAGCGGCAAAUCACAUCUCAUUGUCAUCAACAGAGAAGAGCUCAAGGCCAAAAAAUAUGACACAGAUGACCAACAAGAUUUGUCUGGUAGAGGUCUGUGUAUCGAUCCAGAAUACGAUGUUCUGUGGAGCUUCACUGACACCCCACGACCUACCGUCUCGUGUUUUAACCCCUGUCACCACUGGAGUGAAAGACCCAUCAGGUACAAUCCUGAGCUCCUCCAUCUGUCUCCCUCACUCCAAAGAAGCGUCCACGAGUCGUUCUCACGUCUCCCUCAACCUCCUCUCUUGUCUCCACACCCUGGCCACCUCUCCUCCACUCACCAUGGAGGUACUCGCCGGCUCUCAGAUGAAGAGAUAUGAGAAAGACGAGUACCUGAGUGUCCUUCGAUUCAAUACUCACGGAGGUGGCUGGGGUUACUCUAACUCCAGCUGCGAGGCCAUCAGGUUCUCCACCGACACUGACAUUGUCCUCGGAGGAUUCGGUCUCUACGGUGGCCGCGGGCAGUACAACGUUGAGAUCAAGUUGUUUGAACUUGGAGGAGAAGAUGGUGGGGGAAAUGAAACUGACGGUACUCUCGUGGCCAGUCAGACCGAGACUGGAUAUACCUGUGACAGACAACAAACAUACAGGAUCUUGUUUGAGAAGCCAGUGCUGCUGACGGCAGGUAACUGGUACACAGCUGUGGCCCACAUUGCAUCUCCCUCAGGAGCCAGCUCUGACGCUGGCUCUUCCGGACAGAGAGAAAUAGCGGGACCUGAAAGAGUGACAUUCCAGUUCAAGUCGUCGAAACGUUCCAACAACGGGACAGACGUGGGUUCUGGUCAGAUCCCAGAGCUGCUCUACCGACUACCGGAACUGGAGUCCGAGGAGGGAGAGGAGCUCCAGCUGCUCGGGCGAGAAUUCUCCUCCACCGUCUCACCUAGUGGUCUGAAGGCAGUUCUCCAGCUAUUGGAUUGGGUGUGGCAGAACCUGUGUCGUGGGGACACAACCAUUCACAUCCAGAGCCUGUCCUUCAUUGCCAAGGCCUCUCUCGACCUCCUCAAGACAUACGUCAGAGAGGUGUUUCCAGAGAAGGGGAAGCUGACUCAGCCGGCCCUCGAUACCCCCGAGAUUGCAGAGAUGGUCUACGAGGCCCGCACCCUCCUCCAGAUGAUUCUGUCUGCCCCGUGCCCCAGAGGACCAGACGACAGCCAGGCUCUGCUCUCCGCUGUCACCGACUCCUGCCGUCUGGCCUUCCGCGAGUGUUUCCACGCCUUCUUCCCUUCCGUCCCACUCAAGUGGUUUGCACUCUGCCAACAACUCCAGUAUCUUGACCCUAAUGACAUGGUGUCAGGAGUACCAACAGAGAACCUGCUGUCUGCCAUUCUGGAGGCCCUGGCCGAGCCAACCGUCAGCUACAUUGGUCUUGGAUAUGACUCCACUGUCCCUCUUACCACUGUUCUCUACAAUUCAGAGCCAGAUCCCCGAUUUCCUGUCCUCUCUGAGUUCAUGAGGACCAGAGCAUUGGAGGGGAAUGAGGGAGGAGAGCUGCUGGGAUUCAACACAGUGGCCACCAAACUCCUGGCAGUUGUCACUACUCCCAUCCAUAGUGCCCUUGCCUCACUCCAAGAUGAGUUGGUGGUGUCUCCUGUGGUCCAGAAAACAGGCCAGCUUCUGUUGUCUCGGAUCAAUGAGGUCGCUCUCUGUAUUGCCUACCCCGAGUCCGCCUUUCUCUCAGGGAUUCCUCUGAGGAGCGACAAGAAGGAAAAGGUGGUUGAGAGCUGUGUUCGCUUCUCUGAGAAGGAGAGGGGCCACCCCACGGUGGAGGUGACAGACACUGUCUUCUCUGUCAAUAGAGCGAUCCAGUUACAUGGGGUCACAAUCUAUGGAGGAACUGGAGGACAGUACAAAUACACCCUCUCUAUACUUGCCGGAGAGACGGUACUGGGAAGUAAGGAAGGAACCUACACACAGUCUGACUAUCAUGGAGACGGUAUGGUCAACCUCUUGCUCAAGGACCACGUCAAACUAGAGGCAGAGGUGGUGUACACAGCUAGGGUGGUGCUGAGUGGAUCGGUCCACGACAUGGGCGUGGAGGGGCGGAGGAGCCUCACGGGACCAGGGCGGAGUCUGCUUCACUCUCCACGAGACUGGUGCCACCGAGGCCAACCCCGAGACCAGCCCAAUGCUCAAGUUCCUUUACUCCCUGUCUGUGCCAGCUGGCCCCCAGAACGUGGUGCAACUGAGUGUCCACCUGGCCACCACUCUCCUCGAAGUCACCGUCAACUUCCUGGAGAAGGCCCUGGGGGUGGGGCUGACUCCGCCCAUCCUGAAACUGCUGGGGUCUUCGUUCAUGUUCUCGACCCUUCUUCCUACAACUCUGGCUCAACUGGGGCCAGUUGCCUGCAAACAACCAAAGUAUGCAGUGGAGGUGCUGGACCUGGUGAAAAGGACUCUACCAGUCAUAUCUGCCACCACUCACAGCAUACAGUCAGAGGAGCCUGUCACCGUCUACACCGAUACCAAGCAUCUCCACUAUGCCAAUAUCGAGACCGACCACCCGUACAAGCCAAGUGCAGUCACACACUAUCGGGUGAAGUUUCCCGAAGGUGUGCAGUGGAUGACGCUAGAGUUCGACCCUCGCUGUGGGUUCGCACAAGCCGAAGACAAGAUCGGAGAACUUCUCAUCCCGCGGGGCAAAAACGGGUUCAGCAAGUAUCCGCUACAGGAUGCCAAACAGGACGUGGAACCUGUUGAGCUGGUUGGACUGCCUUUUGAUGAACUCUAUGCAGACUGGGAACGGUACACUCUGGAGAGUCCUCCUGGCCUUGUUUUGCUGCCAGGUCAGUCAAUUGUAGCUCAGUUCGUUUUUACUAGAUACAUACAUAAGCUAUACAUAUGCACGAAUGAAAGAGCCAAGUUUGUAGGUUACGUCACAAGUCUUUACUGCUUGCUGAAUAAUGCAGGUAAUGAGGUACACAUCAGUGUGUGUACGGAGACUGAGUACGAGAAGAGAGAUGGUACUAACCACUUUGGUCUCAAGUGUCAGGCAGUCGGAUAUGAGUGGACCAGCAACCCUGCUGAGUGUGUGCUGUUCCUGGAGAAGGAGCUGGUUGCUCUGGGAGGAAUGUGUGCUGCCUCACUCCUCAAGGAGGAAACUAUCCUUCCUUUUGCUGAGGAGCUGAAUGCUACGGACCAGAAGACAGACAAUGAGAAAGCCGACAUGAGAAUUGUACAGGCUGCAGCACAGGAGGUCUUAACCAAGCACAGUAACAUUUUGGGUCGCGGUCUCCUAGUAGACAUGCCCACUAUCCAGAACAUUCUCAGUGGGGAGAUCCCUCUAAUUAGCAGUACUAAUGAGCAGCUCUUUCUGUACGACUUUAUCAGCUGCAAAGCCAACACACCAGGUGGCAGACUUGCAAGGUGGUUGCAGCCAGACAGAGCUGUGGACGCUGAGGCCUCGAAACUGGAGCUACCGAAAGAAGCUCCAGUUACUGGACUGCCUUCAGAGUUCACUGUCUCCACCAUGGAUCAAGACGGAAAGAAAGUCUUCGUGGGAGACAUGAAGGUUGAAGUGAAGGCAGUGUGGCUGGGAGGGAAAGAGGAAGGAGGUCGAAGAGACAAGCUGGUGGAUGCAGUCAUGGGAGUAAGGAGGCCAGUCUUCAAGAGACAGUACAACCCAACCAAGCUCAAUGGAACCUCUCAGUAUCACUCCAUUACCAUGAUGAUGCCUUAUAGUGACUACUCCUUUGAGGAGCUGCGUCUCUUUGCCCCUAAAGUUAUGAGGAGCACAGAGAACAUGCCAUUGAAGAGUGGUGGCGAUGGCUGCUAUACAGCCACGUGGGUUCCCGGCACAAGUGGAAAGUACCUCAUUCAAAUCUUCAUUGAUGACAAACACACGGGGCAAGAGAAAGAGCUAGUAGUAAGGGAGAGAGACAUUCCUGAAGAAGAGGAGGAAAAGGGGGAAGAUAAAGAGGAAGGAAACGAGAAAAAGGAGGAGGUUGAAAAGAAGUUGGAGACACAAGAAGAAGAAUUGACAAUCUUCAAGCCCAAGAUGAAAGAGUUUCCCGGGACUGCAGAAGUCAUAGGCCUCAGGAUCAGAGCUGAACCCUCAUUCAUGGCUGAAGCAAUUGGAGUUGUGAAGCCAGGGGAUUCGUUCUGCUACGUAGACGAGAUCACUAACGAUGCUGGAGUGUGGGUAAAACUGAACGAAGAGAGUCUCCACCAACUUGGCUGCUCUGCCAGUCACGGCUACACUCUAGCCUUCAGUGAAGAGAAGAAACAGCAGUACCUGGUUGAGAAGGAGCCCCCAACAGAGAUGAUAAAGAAGAUGAAGAAGCCGCCACCUUCGCAGCAGGGGGGGUCAAAGAAGAGACUCAGUGGCCCCGGCAUGUACCAGGUGGUGCAGUGUGGAACUGCUGGCCACAACGUCCGCUCCAAGCCCAACAUGAGGGGAACGCCGGUCGGCAGGUUGAGCAAAAGGAGCACCAUCGAGGCAGUUGAAGAGGUGGAGAAUGAUGAUGGAAUUUGGCUGAAACUCUCCAAGGAAGACGUCAAGAAGUACUGCGACUCUGACGUGGAAUCAUGGACUCUGGCUGUCGCCGUCAGCGGGCGUAUUUACCUGGCCCAGGAAGGAGACACAACCUACCAGUCACAAGUAAUCGACACCAGUUCCCCGUCCACCCCACCCCAGCUAGCCUUCCCCACCGCUGCAUCUGUGUUCGGCACUCCACCCCAGCAAAAAUCUAUUUUCGGAACCCCUAUGGUUCCCACGGUUCCCUCCUUUCUAUUCACGUCCCCAAAACUCCAGUUUGGUGGGCCCCCUCCUGCCCCACCAAAAGCCCCCCUCUUCAAGUUUGGUUCAGCCGAGAAACCAAAGAAGAAGAAAGCAGUUCACAUUGGAGGUAGGCCUCACAGGUGGCUUCGCAGAAAGGCUUCCCCUCUGAAAUUGAUUGAAGUAAAGGGAGAAGGAGAGGGAGAAGGGGGUAGUGAUGACAAAACCCCACCUCCCAAGCGACUAGAGGAGGAAAAGGAGGCUGGAGAAGAGGAAAUAUUAUCUCCACAACAAAAGCCAGUAGCCGAGGAGGAGGAGGAGGAUGGAGAGAAGUCCGGCAUCGAGGCGGAAGAAGCUCCAUUCCCAGCCAUUCCUCCACUCCCAAAAGACCCUCCUACCAAGAAGGCCCUGUCGCCUGCUGUGGCAGAGUGCCAGAGAGCUGUCUACGCUGCCUUUCUGUGGCAGGAGGGCCUUGUGCAUGAUGCAAUAGCCUCUGCAUCAUACCUCAAAUUCCACCCGGAACUGAGCAAAGAGAUGAAAAUGGCUGAGCAGAAGCCGCUACCCGAAAAGGAGGAAAAGGUGGCUGAGGCAAAGGCAGAAGCAAAGGGUGAAGAUGAAGAAGCUGAGAAGCCAGAAGGUGAGGUGGAAGGAACAGUGGAGGAGAGCAAAAAAGAAGGGGGUGGCAGUGAGAAAGAUGUUAAAGAAGAAGGAAAGAAACCUGGGGAACCGCAUAAAACUCUUAGCCUUGAACGAGGAUCGCAGAUUGAUCCUCAGAGUCCUUCCUCUACCCUUUCUCUUCCCGCCACUCUUAACCAUCUCGUUACCUUCUGGGACGAGAUAUCUUCCAAAGUGCUUGACAAUGCCUCCACGGCCUUCCCCCCUCCCAAAGUACCGCCUAUUGCACAGGAGCUGCAGAAGCGCUAUGAGGAAGAGAAGAAGGAAAUUGAAAAGAGGAAGAAGGAGAAGGAUAGCAAGGCAAGUGUUGCGGCGGGAGGUGGUGGUAGCGGCGCCACAGUGUGCGAGCUCUGCGAGCAAUCCUUCCCCGAUCCUGUGACCUAUCACAUGAAGGACGUCCACCCUGGAUGUGGGAAGCAUGCCAGUGGAUGGGGCUACAACAGUCGGGGGACUUUCUGCUCCGGAUGGGCAGGGAACUGCGGGGACGGUGGGCGAGGAGGGAGCACGUGGUACCUCAUGUGCAAAGACUGCCACGCCAAGUACCUGGCUAUGAAGGGCGAAGUUAGAAAGAAGGCCAUUCGUGCUGCGCCCCUGCCAAAGAUGAAAACCAAGAAACCUGGGAAACAGCGCUCGCUCCCCGUAGUCUCAGCCGUGCAGGGGAUGAUCCAGAACGCCAAGUUUCUCCUCGAGAUAUCGUGUCUCGGAGAAAGCAAACCGGCCACCACACCAACUGGCCUUCUCUCCCCUGGUCUCCUGGCCUUCUCAAAGCAAGUUUCCUUCCCCAGCAAACCGACUGAGCCGGACACCAAGAAACCACCUCAAGUGUCCUCUGAAAACCUCGACCCUACCCAACGCCCGACUUUCCUGCGAUCGGUUUCGCAUGCCGUACCAAGUGUGCUCGCUGCAAGCUCAAGCUCGGACUUGUUCCAGCCAGGAAGGGCACACACAAGCGGCACAAAGGAUGAAGGUGGCGGGCUGAUGCGCCAGCAUACGCUAGACAGUCCACUAGCCACCAGCAGCACGCAGGGUGCUCUAGUCUUCAAACCGUCCAUAAACCUUGCACGACUCAUGUACAGCCGCUCGAAGCAGAGCUCCGAGAGCAAGGAGGUCGGGUACGGGAAAGUGAUGGCGUUUAUUCUGCAGUAUCACGAUCUGAACGGACUCCGAAUGGCCAUGAAGCAGUCGAUGAGGGUUGCAGGUGUAAGGGCCUUUGCCUUGGAGUGCUUGCAGUGGCUGCUGCUGAAGGUGGAAGAGGCAUCCAUUGUCCACGACAUUCUCUGGCAGUUCAGUUCGUCUCUCUGUGACCACCCGGUACACCAGACUGCUGCCAAAGUCAAGGCCAACCGAGAGAAAGAAGGGAAUGGAGGACAGAAGUGUGGAGACGACGAUUUCUUCCUGGGAAAGCACCCGCUGGCCUCCCUGGAGGGAGCUGGCUGCAUGCAGCUACUGCUCAGGAAACAGUUCCACAAUCUUCUACAGACCGUUGCCAACAAGAUGCCUCAUCUCCCGAAGGGAUCGGCAGUUCAGCGGAUGGCGAUGCGGUGCUGGUGUCUGCACUUCCGGUCGCAGGACCACUCAUUCCUGCUCCAGAGCAACAUGUUCUCCAACAUCAGCAAGGCUCUGGCCGGCCCCGAGGAGGGGGAGAACUCCGACAAGAAACACAAGGGAGACAAGUCAAUUGACGUAGUAGUGAUGGAGAAUGUUACGUCGAAGGGUAAACUGAAGGUCUCUUCCAAUGAAGCUAUGCUCAACAGUCUGACGGAUGACUCGACGGAGACGUUCUGGGAAUCUCGAGAUGAGCCGAGAGGUCGGCCACGGAGCCUCACAGUCUCCUUCAACCAGGAGCCCCGAGUGUUUGCUGCUGCUGUUCACAUUGACAACCAGAAAGACUCUGGGCAACGUGUGGAAUCUCUCACUCUACUUGUGGGGAAGGACGAGGAUGGACUGAAAGAGGUCUCCAAACAUAAACUGUCUCUGAUGCACACUGGCUGGAUCACUCUACCUGUACCCUCUCCUGACCAGCUGUGUUCGGUGGUGAGGGUCGAGGUGAAGGGACCGCAGAACAACGUGAGAGUCAGACAGCUCCAGGUCCUGGCCUACCCCAGCAGGAGACUUGACUGCUGCUUGUCCCCGGCCGCUGCCCAGCAGAAGGCCUGCGAGGAGGAGGCUCUGAGGGUCUUCAGACUUCUCACCUCUCAGGUGUUUGGGAGUCUCUUACCGACCAAGCCUCAAGAAGGAGAAGACAUCGAGGAGACCGAUGCCCCGGUGCCCGGGAAGGAGGCAGAGAAGGAGGGAGAGGUGAGGGAGUCAAUGGCCGACAUCCUCCUCGCCAAGAACAACCUCUCCAGUCUUCAGAAACAGGUGUGUAGUCAUGUGAUCCAGUCAGUGCACGCGGAGGUGGAGAGGAUGAAGGAGGAGUGGGAGACUAGGGUGUCACGAGGCCCUCCCCCGAAGCUGGCCCGACAAGGCAGCUCCGUGGAGCCCACCGAGGCAGAGGGGAGCUUGUCGUCCGAUACGUACUGCUUCGAGCUUCUCUCGAUGCUGAUUGGUCUGAGUCAGUCUGAGAUUGGCUGCGGGUUUCUCUCUCAGCAGGAGACUCUGGUCCAGGACCUCUUCUCUCUCCUCCACGUCGCCACCUCUCGCAUGCAGAUACAGGCCCUCUCUUUGCUCCGUCGCAUCCUGCCCACAAUCGGUCCCAAGAACCUGGCCCCCAUGCUCCAAGUCCUGGUCCUCCCUCCCAUCGGAUACAGCGCCAUCGCCGAGGCCGUCAACUCUGCCGCCACUCUCAACACCCUCGGUAUCCUAGACUCCUUCCUGGCCGUGGUGGCCAAGGCUCUCUCUGUACAAGUCAAGGCAAAGGGCCGCGGGACAAACGUACUACAGGCUCUCACGGGAGACAGUAAUAUAUCUGCAGCUACACUCGCUAGCCUCACAAACCCAAAGCCGGUGCCCGGGGAGACGACGGUUCGUAGUCAACGUUGGUACCUGCGAGGCAGCGUGGAUAAGGAGGUGGGGAGUGCGGUGGUGGAGCUGCUGAAGGCGAUGACGACAGGAGAGCUGGGUCAGCAGUGGCAAGGAGUGUCCAAGGCUGCCAUCGGACAGGCGGUGCUCCACCUCACCAAGAUCAACGAGGGAGCUCGUGUGCCAAACCCUGGCAUGUACUCUCAGACGUUGUGGCUGUGUCUGGCAGCUCUGUGUGUGAUAGACGAGGAGCACGCUGAGGCCCUCUCCUCUGGACAAUGGCUCGGCCAGGACGGAAAACCCAAAGACAAGCCUCUAUGUGACAACCACGAUGACGGGGAGACGCAGGCCCUCAUUCUGUGUGACCACUGUGGGAACUUGUGCGGGGAGUGCGACCGCGUCCUCCACUACUCCAAGACUCACCAGAGACAGGUGUUCAAGGAGGAGGAGGAGGCGGUGAAGGUGGAGCUGCACGAGGGGUGUGGUCGCAUCAAGCUCUACUGGACCAUGGCCCUCGCAGACUACCGCACUCUCAAGGGUCUCAUCGAGUUCAGAGAGGCCAGCAGUGGUGGAGGAAAGGGUGCCUGUCGGUUCUGCGGGACGGUCAGUAACACGGGAAUGCUGUCAAUAGGGACGGUGUGCAGUGAUCCAGAGUGUCAGGAGAGAGCCGUGACAGUCUGUGACACAACGCUGGCGUGUGGCCACCCCUGCUCGGGCGUGAAGGGAGAGAGCGAGUGUCUCCCGUGUCUCCACGGCUGCUCCCCGCCAGAGGCUAAGCUGAGGCAGGACGCGGACGACAUGUGCAUGAUCUGCUACACCGAGGGCCUCUCGUGUGCUCCGUGUGUCCAGCUGACGUGUGGCCAUGUGUUCCACUACCACUGCUGUCGAAGUUCCCUCACCAAGAAAUGGUCUGGUCCCAUGAUCACCUUCCGCUUCAUGUUCUGCUCCCUCUGUGUGAACAUCCCCAUCUCCCACCCUGCACUGAGUGAUGUCCAGGAGCCCAUCGCGAAGCUCUACGAGGACGUGAAGAGAAAGUGUCUCCUACGACUAGAGUACGAGAACCAGAUGCAGUGCGACGAGAUCACCUCUCCCUCCUCCAAGUUCUACCAGAAACCACUCGAUUACGCCAUGUCCAAGUAUGCCUACUACCUCUGCUGCAAGUGCAAGAAGUCAUACUACGGUGGAGAGGCCAGGUGUGCACAGGCAGCGGCAGUUAGUGAUGACUAUGACCCUACGGAACUGGUGUGUCCUGCCUGCUCUAACGUCAGUGGAACUGCAGUCCAGGUGUGCCCCAAACACGGAACCGACUUCCUCGAGUACAAGUGUCGCUACUGCUGCUCCGUGGCCGUCUACUUCUGCUUCGGCACGACCCACUUCUGCAACCCUUGCCACGACGACUUCCAGCGCGUCACCAGCACGCCCAAGUCGGAGCUGCCCCAGUGUCCAGUCGGUCCCCGAGCUAAACCGCUGGAAGGCACCGAGUGUCCGCUACACGUGAAACACCCUCCGACUGGCGAAGAGUUUGCACUCGGCUGCGGAGUCUGCAGAAAUGCUCAGACGUUCUAGGAGACGGUAGCACACCUAAUUACUGCUGUUUGACAUUGGCCUAUAGGAGUCGUAUAUUUUAGAGAACACUAGCUAGAUAUAAUAUUGUUAGCAUGGACUGUUGUGACAGAAUAGGGCUAUAAUAUAGUGCUGAUGUAGGGCUUGUACAUUAUACAUUAGAUGGCCAGUUAUAACUCUUAUACCCAUAGUGUAUCCAUUUUAGAGAACACUAAUAGCAUGGAUUUUGUUGUGACAAAACAGAGGUGUUUUAGGACACAUAAUACAUAACUACACUGAGGUGAAAAGACUAUAAAGUUACUGACUACAGUGUAGUGUCUGAGACUUGUUAGAGAACACAAGGACAGUGGCGUCGUCUGAUGCUGACAGAAUGAGGCUAUCAUCACUGGAGCGAUGGUGAGGUCGAGGAUAUCUUUGGUGUGUCCCCACCACUCCCUCACACACUCCCCUCCCCUCACAUCCCACAGCCUCACUCCACCAUCCAGACAGCCUGUGAACACCAGUGGAUCUCUACUUGAACACCGCAGCCUCACCACUCCUGCCUGCAGUAGAUCAUACACUGGGUUCAGAAGUUGUGCAGCAAAAACCACAUGUACAUAUAAGUGAAUACCAUACUGUAUACAUAAUCAAAAGCACGUGUACAUAAUUAAGUGAAUACCAUACUACGUAAUCAUGGAUUCAUGGGGUAAAGAGGAACUCAGUUGUGCGGGCAAAACCCAUGUAUAAGUGAAUAUCACAUAAUCAUGUAGAACCUGUGUUCUAGCCUCGGGAGCCUUUGAAUGUGAACAGCUCUGGCUAGAUAGCAACACAAUUGUUUGGACACAGCAUGCAGCAGAACUGUAUACAUGCUCCACUGUAUGUAUCACAAGUUGUACAGAAGAUGCACGGUACAAGGUCUACCUGGUGUUGUAGAGUG